AUGGCGAUGAUGAUGACUGGCCGUGUGCUGCUGGUGUGUGCCCUCUGCGUGCUGUGGUGCGGUGCCGGCGGUGUUUAUGCGAGGGACGUUGACACCAACGCACUGGGCGGCUGCAUGGCGUCGGGAGUGUUGGGUGAGAAUGGAUCCCACAUGCCUGACGGAUGUAAUAAAACUGCGAUUACGAUGCCUUUGCGGUCAGUGCUGCCCAUUACUGCCGUCGAAGCCUCGGCUGGAGAAGAUGUUUCUCCUGCUGCUGGUCCUUCUGCUCCUCCUACUGGAGGUCAAGGCACCGGUGUCAUUUCUUCUGGCUCAUCUGCUUUUCCUCCCGCUCCUCCUGCUGCUCCUCCUGCUGCUCCUCCUGCUGCUCCUCCUUCAGCUGCUCCUGUUGUUGAUUCUUCAGUUGGCAGCAGUGGUGGUGAAGCGGAGUCCUCAGGCAGUCAUCCAACUAACACAACAGGGGACUCUUCAACAGGAGAUCAGACGCCUGCAGCAGCAGCGGCUAACGACUCCUCGCCACCCGAAAUACCGGCAGGGACGACAUCCGGCACUGGACACACACGACAAGAAGAAGAAGAAGAGGGAGAAGAUCAUGAAAAGCAGCACCAAAGUGAUGAAACACAAGUCCAACAACAUCAACAGCAUGAACACCCCGUGGAAAGUGGCGAAGAAUCCGCGAAGGAUAAAAACGCCCUUCUUACAAAUGCCACCGCAAAUACAGGCGACAGUGACGGCAGCACCGCGGUCUCCCACGCCACCUCCCCUCUUUUGCCUCUUCUUGUUGUUGCGUGUGCGGCUGCUGCUGCGGUGGUGGCCGCGUGA